AUGGAAUGCUGCUGGAAGGCGAGUGCAUGCGAAGAUGACAGGAGUCGCGCGGGGAAGCACCAGUGGACGCGCCUGGCGCCUCAGGAGGUGCGUGGCUUGAGUAUGGGAUGCGAGAGCAGCAACGUCGAAUUGCUGAGGGUCGUGUCGAGCAAGGUCCGAUUGAUAACCAAACCCCGCUACGGCCUUCGCUUUUCAAAAAAAGAAUCAAGUGCACAAGCCCGCUUUAUCAAGAGCAAAUUGGCUCGCUCGCGCACGCGCACUUAUCGGGUCUGUCUUGGCUCGGCUACGAUCUUACCGCGAAGAUCUUGGUUGCGUUUUACCUUUUCUUUGUGCGUCUGCCGUCGAGACGGCAGUGUCUGGGUCGAGUCAGCCUUGAACGACCCAAGGACGACAUCAUCAUCGAGACACGGUAGCGCCGCCUUGGCGUCGUACCCGCCUUGCCGACAUCUCCCACAAGAAGAUUCAACUCGAACUCUUCUUAAUCCAACCACCUCUCACAUUCCUUAUCUCUCUCUUGGCAGUCCACCAUCCUUUGCCCCAUCGUCACGUCAGCGCCGCCGUUGCCUACGCACGAGCUACUCUCUCACCCCAAAACUCAUUUGGAUGUACACGGCUUUGCCUCCCUCGUCACUCUUCAGCGUGGCUCGUCGUCACAGCUCACCUUCGCACCUCGUCCAACGUCUUGUUUCUACCAGAUCCCUUACCACCACCACCACCCGCAUCACUCUCCGCCACCCCACUACCACCCGAUCUCACUCUACCGCUUCCUCGUCGUGCAGCACCUCGUCCAAGAUGCAGCCCGUCGCCGAACUCAUCUCCAAGAACAAGGCAUGGAGUGCCGACUUCAUCUCCAAGAAGCCUGAGCUGGCUGCUCAUCUCGCCCAGAAGCAGACUCCCAAGAUGCUCUGGUUCGGUUGCGCCGAUUCGCGUGUUCCCGAGACCACCGUCUGCGACGCCCAACCGGGUGACUUUUUCGUCUCGCGAAACAUCGCCAACCAGUUCCGCACUGACGACACUGCUGCCCUCGCGCUCCUCACCUUCGCGGUCCAGUCGGUGGGAAUCGAGCACGUCUGUGUCGUUGGUCACUCCAUGUGCGGUGGUGUCUUGGCUGCUCUGGGAAGCGCAGAUGCUCCACCCAGCGAUAAGGACCUCGCCGAAAGCGCUCUCCUUCAACACCUCGUGCCGCUGUUCAAGGUCGCAAAGAAGGUCAAGGACGCAAACCCAGACUUGCCCAAGGACGAGCUGGCCUUCAAGGUCGUGCAGGCGUCCGUCGAGGAGCAGAUCGACAACAUCGUCAACACCCAGAUCAUCAAGGACAACUGGAACGGCGUCACUUCGCCUCUCUCCGGUAAAGUCAUGAACAAGGUGCAGGUGCACGGCCUUUACUUUGACAUUGCAAAGCAGGAACUCGUCGACUUGAACAUGACCAAAUCGGCUCCUUGA